CUCUCUUUAUCUUGCUGGAGAGUACUACUAGUAUAGUUUUUCCCGCGCUUUACAUCUUGCUUUAGCCCCCCCUCCACUCCACCAUCUCCGGCUCCAGAACCUCAGAGUCAAAGAAGUGAGUCACUGAAUCCCCCCCUUUUCUCUCUCUCAAGCCUUUUACAGUAAUUUUCUCAAAACCCAUGAGUCUCUUCUCUCCCCAUUUCAUGACCAAAAAGCGCACCACUCUCAUCACCUGAUUCCAAAAAUGGACUCCCCACUAAAACCUAGUCCAACCCCAUUCACCAAGAAGAGCAAACUGGCCAAAACCUUCCAAAGAGUCAUCCACCUCAACAAAUCCACGAAACCCCUCUCCAAAAACACCGCCUUCUGCCUGCAACUAGCGCCCCACGAAACCAAACCCAGACCCAACUGCUUCAACAACACCAGCAACAGCAACCACGACGACGACGGAGAUGGCGAGCCGAAUUCGGCCCGGAACCGGGCCGCGGCCGCCGCCUUCGUCGCGAAGCUCUUCGCCGCCGUCUCGGCCGUCAAGGCCGCCUACGCCGACCUCCAGACGGCGCAGUUCCCCUACGACGGGGGAGCGAUCCAGUCGGCCGACGAGGCCGUGGUGACAGAGCUGAGAUCGCUGUCGGAGCUGAAACAGGCCUUCUUCAAGAAACGGAUUUACUCGUCUCCCCCUCACGUGACUUUCCUGCUCGCCGAGAUUCAGGAGCAACAGAGCCUGAUCAAGAUGUACGAGGUCACCAUGAGGAAAAUGAGGUCGGAAUUGGACUCCAAAGAGAGCAAAUGUUCCAUCCUUCGGAAACAGCUCGACGACGUCGUUUCGCACAACAAGUCGGUCGAGAAGAAGCUGGACUAUAGCGGACAGUUUUCGAUUCUUGACGACAUAGUCAAGCUGUUCGACGCCGGUCCGGGCGGCUUUACGGCGGCUUUGCGCUACGCGGUUCGGUCGGUGCGGUGUUUCGUCAAGGUUAUGAUUCGGGAGAUGGAGUCUUCGAACUGGGACAUCUCGGCCGCCGCGAACGCAGUUGUGUCGAAAGUUGUGUUCUCGAAAGGGAGUCACAGGUGCUUCGCCUUCGAGUCGUUUGUGUGCCGGGAAAUGUUCGACGGGUUCGAUUCUCACGACUUUUCGCUGCCGAAUGAGCCGAAAGACGAGAAACGUCGCGGGUUUGAUUUCGGUGACCGGUUUAAGGAGUUGAAAGCCGUGAACCCAGUUCGGUUCCUGAAAACCAACCCGGAUUCCGGGUUUGGGAAUUUCGUGAGGAGUAAGUACAUGCGUUUGGUUCACCCGAAAAUGGAGACGUCAUUUUCGGGGAAUUUGAGCCAGCGGAAGAUGAUUAAUGCCGGGGAGUGGCCGGAAACCCAUUUUUUCGCGGCGUUUGCGGAGAUGGCGAAGCGUGUGUGGCUUCUGCAUUGCUUGGCUUUUUCGGGCGAUCAAGAGGUGGAUAUGUUUCAGGUGAGAAGGAAUUGUCGAUUCUCGGAGGUUUAUAUGGAGAGCGUGAACGAUGAUGCGUUUGCCGCGGGCGAGGGGGGAGACGGUGAUGUUCGGGUUGCGUUUACGGUUGUUCCGGGGUUUAAGAUAGGUAAAGCGGUGAUACAGGCCCAGGUAUAUCUUUUGCCAGCGGUUCGGCCAGACCGGUGUUGAGCGUGGUUUGGUGGUGCACAAUGUGAAAAGGUCUUGUUCCCCCAGGCAGCAGAGGAAAAUUUGGAUACAACAUUUUUUUGUGACGCUUUUCCCGGAUGAGUUCCCACGUGAGGCAUUACAAAUAAUUGUUGUAUUUAAUUUUUUUUUUGGCAACCCAUGGACUAUUCAAAUAGUUGUAAGUGUAUUGGUAAUUGGCAUGAUAGUCUCAUAUUCUACUA